GACUGCGCACUUCUGCGUUUCGCAGGGGUGUGUGAGGUUCUCGAUUAACACUCCUCGCGUGUUUCGAGCUCUGAAAAGCGGUCGACAGCCGGUCUCUGCCGGGAGGAUCAAUACGGUUGAUCACCCUGAGGGAAAAUUCCAACCCGGGGCGGCUAGGACUGGUGUUAAGAUUCGCGUAAGCGCCGGGAUGAAGAUAAAAGUGUCAUACGCGCCGCUCAGCCCGCGUUUUCACAGCCAAAAUGCCAGACUGUGACUGUUUAUGUCUGAGAAUUUUGCCGAAAGGUGUCGGUUUCUGUCCGGUGAGUGUGGACGAGGUAGGUGCGACCUCCCCCGCUUUCGAAAGAAGUGGACUCGUCCGCGCCGCCCAGAGCCAAUCAGGUUUCGCCACUGCCUCCCGCGUCUCGACGUUCUUAAAGAGACAGGCGUAGGCAGACGCGGCGGGUCUGACGGGGCGAAGCUGCAAUCAAAAUACUUUGACUUUUUGUUGGUUUUAUGCGAAAUAGGCGCACGGAGCUGAUCGGAACCGGCUUGUUUAGUCGGAUAAGCUUCCUGGCCCGCUGUCCGGCUGUCAUGACUGCAGACCGGAGGAGCCUGAGCUGAAGAGGAGCGCCUUUUCGCCGCUAUGGGGACGCAGAGGAACGGCUUCACUAGGAGGGAGAGCUGCGUGCUCGCAGUGGAUGUGGGCACGACGUCCGUCAGGUGUCAUGUGUAUGACCAGAGAGCCAAUAUCCGAGGAUCCUGCACUAAAAAGGUGUCCCUGCUGUAUCCCGAGCCGGGCCGGGUGGAGAUGGACCCUGAGGAGCUGUGGCAGGGGUUCGUUACGGUGGUGAAAGGAGCUGUACAAGAUUCAGGAUUACAGAUGUGCCAGAUGACCGCUCUCGGUAUCUCCACUCAGAGAGCCACUUUCACCACCUGGGACAGGCAAACGGGAAAGACGUUUCAUAACUUCAUCAGCUGGCAGGACCUGAGGGCGGCCGAGAUGGUCAGAUCCUGGAAUAGUUCCUGCACCAUGAAGGCUGUCCAUGGGGUGAUGAAGGUGCUGCACGUCCUGACCCGUCAGAAGCGCUUUUUGGCCGCCAGUCUGGUCGUGUUCACCCCUCAGCACGUCUCUCUGCGGCUGGCCUGGGCGCUACGCAACGUCCCUCAGCUCAAGCAGGCUGUCGAUGAAGGAACCUGUCUUUUCGGGACCAUAGACACCUGGCUGCUUUAUAAACUCACUAAAGGUUCGGUUCACGCUACAGAUUACUCUAACGCCAGCUCGACGGGGAUAUUUGAUUCAUAUCAGAUGUGCUGGAGUGGGUUUCUGUGCUCUCUCCUCUCUCUACCUCUCUCCAUUCUCCCCAGGGUGCACAACACCAGCCACAAUUUUGGCUCAUCUGAUCCGUCUAUCUUUGGGGUUCCUAUUCCAAUCACGUCACUUAUGGCCGAUCAGCAGGCGGCGAUGUUCGGGGAGUGCUGCUUUGACACAGGCGACGUUAAAAUCACCAUGGGAACCGGCACCUUCAUGGACAUCAACACAGGAAACAAACCGCACACCUCAGUGGCCGGUUUGUAUCCUCUGGUUGGGUGGAAGAUCGGUUCUGAGGUCGUGUAUCUUGCUGAAGGAAACGCUGCUGGAACAGGAACCGCCAUUAAAUGGGCUCAGGAGAUCGAGCUGUUCUCGGACGUGAAGGAGACGGACUCCAUGGCCAACAGUGUGAAGGACUCUGACGGCGUGUGCUUCGUGCCCUCGUUCAGUGGCCUGCAGUGCAGGUGGUUGUUUGCUCCGCUAAACGAUCCCAAAGCAUGUGCUGCUUUCAUGGGCCUCAAACCGUCCACCACCAAGAGCCACCUGGUCCGAGCGAUUCUGGAGUCCAUCGCGUUCAGGAAUAAGCAACUGUUUGAUGUGAUGCUUCGAGAAACUCGCAUUCCCAUCAUGAAGAUAAGGGCAGACGGCGGCGUCUGUACGAACGAUUUCAUCAUGCAGUUGACGACAGACCUGCUGGGACGAAAGAUCUCGCGGCCCGCUCAUUUCGACAUGUCCUGUCUGGGAGCUGCGUUCGUGGCCGGUUUAGCAGUGGGUUACUGGAAGAGUAAAGAGGAGCUGAAGAAGCUGCAGAUGAGCGACCGUCUCUUUGUACCUCAGAGUGGAAAGGGGGGCGGCUGUAAGGACGGAGUGUAUAAACCUGUGCUGCAGAGCUGGGAGGAGGCCCUGCAGAGGUCCAUGCACUGGUACAGCCAGCCUUAACGAUCUGAUACGCUGGAGUUUCCCGUUUACCUGCUUGUAUCUGCGCUUAUCGGCCAUUUUAUCGGAAACCCCUCCCCUAGAGUUGCACUUGAUGGGUUAACAGUUACAGGCUGUAGCCCAUCUGUUAGUACCCCAUUCAUCAAUGGAAGGGGACCACCACCGGACCACUGGUGAACGGAUAUUAUUUGGACGGUGGGCCGUUCUCGUGGUGGUGCUACAGUGCAGUGCAGAAGCCACAGACCACCAUUAAAUAUGCAAUUUCCAGUCGAAACGUCGCUGAAAGGCAGGUUUGUUUGCUGUUGGCCACAGAACCACAGGCAUUUUCAGAAUUAUGCCAAAAAACUGAAAAACUAGUUUUUGGUCUGACAGCAGCGAUAUGACUGUGUAUGGUAGGAGUUUCCGAUAAAAUGGCCAAAGGGCAUAGAUAAAAAGUGGGCGGGGCUACUAAUUGGAAGCUCGGCGUACAGGCAGUAUAGUUAACUGGACAUAAACGACAGGAAUCGAGCUGGAAUCGGGCGGCCUGAAGAAGAAGAGAACUCAUCAAACGCACAUCGGUCAUCUUCUCAUUGUCUGUCCAGUCAAAUAUCCGCGAAUAAGGAUUUAGCCAGAGCGCCUUUUCUGGUUUCCAUAGCAACAGCAUCAUGUCACUCUUCUAACCAAAUCCAGACGGCGUGGGACUCGAGACCAAACGGUGUAAAACAGGUUGAGCCUAGUUUUAGGCCUAAAACAGAGGAGCUUUCGUCCGCAUUGUCGCCUCGGGUCCGGCGUGCUGCGUUCUCCUGCGUCUUCACUGAGAACGACGGUACCAGCUACUUAGACUCAUCCCACAUCACACAAAACUGCAUUCAACGUAAAUAAUCAUCUUCCUUCCUGCAGUAUUUCCAUAUCAACUCUGCUGCCUCAGCUGAACCUGCUAAAUGCUGCUUAUCUCUCUGCUGGGCUUCACUGGAUUUGAGUCCUGUUGACAUUGAGAACAGGUCAAUGGUGGUCAUUAGACAUUGACCUUUCGCUCAUGAUUAAUAGUUAAAGAACAACUUUUAAGUGAAGUUUACACGUUUAAAGGGUUGGAAAUACACGCAAGCUGUGAUCAGGCACGUUUUUCCCUAUCUUUUAUUUUUUUGAUCAAGAUAAAAUCAAUUUUAAAUCUGCUUAACCGGCCAGUCCAGGCCAAGACGGGCAGCGACCCGUGACGAAUUCAAAUCAUUUAAAACACAACCGGCGCACAAAUAACUCAUCACUGUUUAUUUGCAACAUUUAAAUUAUUGGGGGGAAAAAUGCGAUUUAUGUUUGUUUAUUUAUGUUUUUCCAAUAUAUUGAACUAAAAAUAAAUAGGAUUUGUGCGCUGUGAACCGAUAUUAGAGUAAAUAACACAUUUGUUAAAGAUUUUUUUAAUUUUGAUUUUAAUUUUUAUGCAAGCCUAACCCAAGUGCACUUAAGUUUUUAGGCCUAAAUGCGUUUAAUUUAACUGUUUUUAUGUUUCUGUCUAAAUCUUAUGUUUUGCAAGUCGCCACGGCGAAAUCAGCGAGCAGAAUGACCGCAGUACCGCGCUGAUAUGAUCAACGUCAGGACUUUGUUCACCGUUCAGGAUAAUGAGGCCACGGCCACUCUAUCUGCGUCCAGGCCUGACCAGUAAGCGCGGCCUUACUGGGGAUGUUUGACUUCGGCCUUUGGAUGGUAAAUAAUGACCUGGCCAGCUGUGAAGGGCAGGAGCUGCGCAUGCCUGACUGCUCGGGUUUUGCCUGUGGUGAAAAUGUGAAUUUCAUCUUUAAAAUAUUUCGGCAGGUUAGAGUUUUUAGGAACUUAACAGAAUUAUUAUAUUACGGGAUCAUUAUUGUGAUCGGUGUUGUUUACAUUGUGGGGCAGUGUGAUGAACUGCUGCCUCUCUUUAAGGCUGCGUUCACAUUACGAGCCUCGGUGCUCAAAUCCGAUCUCUCCGACUCGGCGGUCCACACUCGUUUAGCUCAGUGACUCAAAUUGGUCAUUAAUGUGAUGAACCGGCCUGAACUGACCCUCAUGAGCUCGUCCUGCUCAGUGACGUCACGUGACUGAAUCGCUGCAUCAUCAGCACAAACUAACGAGCAGAACGAGCUUCGCUGAGAAGA